AUGUUCCAGAAGUACUUCCUCUCCCGUAACACCCUUUUCAUCCACUUCAUGUGCUGUGCGGAGGCAGUAGACGACUUCUUUCUCGAUGAAGCGCUGGUGUCGGUGUUUGAGCAUGACGCGUACUUGCACCAGGUCGUGUUGCUGGUGCCGCCGCAGUGUCCUGAAGAUGUUCUACACUGCGCAGGUCUUAAAAGAAGGAAUGUGUACAAGUAUUGCGCAAAGCGAAUCGACGACAUCGACAGCUGCCACUAUCUGUACACGUUUACACGACUUGAGUUUUGUCCUAAACUCAAAAUGAGACGAGCUGUUGAAGAAGACAAUGAUGAUAUCGUUGAAAUUCUGGAUAAGAAAUGUCCGCGUUUGAAAGAUCUUUAUGGACACUACUACGUGAGUAAACUAAUUGGGAGACACCCUGAAAGCAAUAGGAAGAUUAUUGUUGCCGAUCAUCAAGAUCGUGCUGUAGGAGUGAUGUGUCUAAACUCGGACAUAAACUACGAGAAACUAGACGCCACUUAUGACCUUGGUCCUUUGUACGGGCUGAAGAGAGCCACGCCUUUGGAGAAGGAGGAGUGUAAGCGAGCCAAUCCUUUGCUGAAGACUUUUGGGUAA